AUGAGUAAAAUCAGGGGCCUCCCUCCCGAGGUCAGGGUCCCAGGCCCUGGAGUGGAACUUGGGGUGGAAGAUGGCCCUCUUUGUCAACUGAUUCAUUCUCCAGAAUUCAACUUGUUUCCCAACUCAACAGUGUUCGAAAGCAACUUUAUCCAGGUCACUAAGCCCGGGAACUGGAUGAAUGUCUAUGAAGGGUCAACCACCAUGAUCCUUGGGGUAACCUCCACCGUGCCCUCCUUGCCACUCCCCAACAUCCUCCUGAUGGCCAAUGUCACCUGGCCCCAGGGUCACCUUUCCACCUGGAGCACACCUGACCGCGCUCCGGUCAUCACCCUCAGCAGGAUCCUCCCCCUGAAGUUUGUGGAGCUACAAAUCUGUGACCGGCUCCAGCGCAUCCUGCGCCUUCGGACAGUGACUGAAAAGAUCUACUACCUGAAGCUCCACGAGAAACACCCAGAGGCUGUGUUUCAGUUUUGGGUCCGCUUGGUGACAAUUCUGCAGCAAGGUCUGUCCAUCACCACCAAAGACCCGAGGAUCCAGUUCACGCACUGCCUGGUGCCCAAGCUGUGCAGCAGCUCCACGGAAGCAACACCUGUGAGCAGCCUCCCGCCAUCCUCCCAGCCCAGUGAGAACUCCAUGCUGUUGGCAGCGGAGCGGACCAGCGGCAGUUUCUCACAUUUCCCAGGAAGGUCUCCGCUCCUGGCAGACAGAAACACAGACGCUGAGACUGAGAUCAGUGAUUCCAACAGCUACCACACACCCUUGCCUGUAACGUCUCUAGUCAGUUUGAAUAUGCCCACCAGAGCCGCCUUGAACCACAGCCUCAGGAAGCAAGAGAAGCAGAUGACUACUUCCCUCCCGCUCCUGUAG